AUUUAUCAUAAAAUAGAGGGUAGUUGGCCAGGUAAAGUAUUAGCUAUUGCAGGAGAAAAUUCUAACUAUGUAAGUAGAAGUCAAAUCCACACAUUUAAAGAAGUAUUUGAGAAUAUAAAUUUGGAGAAAGACGUUAAAUUUAUAGAAAAGGCAGGUCAUUGGGUUUAAGCAGAUCAACCAAUAAUAUUCAUUAAUGAAGUAUCUCACUUCUUAAAAAAAAUAUACCAUUGAAAUAUGCAAUGCACUUUAUUCUAAUUUCUUCAUCAUAACUGAAUAAAAACAUAUUUGUUUAUAUUAUUUAAUUUUAUGUAAACUAAACAUUGUCAUACUUAUUUAUCAAUUUAAAUUUUAUGGGAUUUAUUUAUUAUUUUGUGAAAAUAAUUUUAUUAAGAAAAUUAAGUAAUUUGUAAUGAAAGAAAAUAUUUGUUUUAAAUUUUAAAUGAUAAUAAAUUUAAAUCUACAUGAUAAGUAUUAAGAAUAAUUGAUGAAAAAAAAUUACUCCUUUGUGAUAUUAACUAAUUUAUAUUUUAUUGUAUUUUAUUUUAUUUUCUUCAAUUUAUUAAUAAAAAUGAAGGCAAAUACAUAGAUUUAUUGA